GAGAGUAGACCCAUGAAUUCAACGGACAAAAGCAAAAGUGGGGAGGGUGGUGGUUAAAAAUACGUUUUUAAAAAGAUAAGAUAAUUUGGGGGGAUCCCAGAAAAAGCAAGCUAAGCUAGGUUGUGUUGUUGGCUCAGAGGCUGAGAGAGUAGCGGUUGGUGCGAAACCCCUAAAAGGCUAAGUGCAAAGGUGGAGAGUAAACAAUACAAACAGAGAAGAUAGAGAGGGAAAUUUCGGAGAAAGAGGAAGAAGAGGAUACGGCCGGCAUUUUCUAAAUUAUCUUUGGUCCCACACCGCCUUUUCUCUUCUCUUCUUCUUCUUUUUGGUUUGUCCUAGAGAGACACACAUUGCUCUAACCUCUUAGAUAAAAACUAUGAAAAUAUAAUAAUAAAAUAUUCUCUCUAUCUUUCGCUUGGUCCCGAUCCGCAAUUUCUUCGAACUUCCCUGGAUAGUUUCGUCAUAUACCACGUCACCACACCGCGAGUUUUUAGUUUGAGACGAUGUCGCUCAAAGCGAUAGUUAGGGAGCUGACGAAGGAGAUUCGAGAUGGAAUAGGGAGCAUAUCGAGGAGAAGAGGAGGAGAAGAUGGGAAAAGUAGUGGGCGUUAUUGUCGGCGAGGAAAGUCUCACAUCGCGCCGGAUUGUUCAUCGUCGACGUCGUCUUCGUUGACUGCAGCAUUCGUUACGAUUCAAGAGCAGCAGCAGCAGAGCCGGUGGGCGAAUUUGCCUCCUGAAUUGCUUCUAGAUAUAAUUCAACGCGUCGAAGCCAGCGAGACGGCUUGGCCUGCUCGCAAAGACGUGGUGGCUUGCGCCUCGGUUUGCAGGUCUUGGAGAGAUGUCACUAAAGAGAUUGUUAAAACUCCUGAACAAUGUGGCUCACUCACCUUCCCCAUCUCACUCAAACAGCCUGGCCCAAGGGAUGCUCCGAUCCAAUGCUUUAUAAAGAGGGAAAGGGCGACCUCGACUUAUCAUCUCUAUCUUGGUCUGAGCCCUGCUCUGUCUUCGGAUACGAGUAAAUUGUUGUUGGCAGCAAAAAAGAUCAGAAGGGCAACGAGUACAGAAUUUGUAAUAUCAUUAGUUCAAGAUGAUUACUCUCGAGCAAGCAAUUCUUAUGUUGGAAAGCUGAGGUCUAAUUUCCUGGGGACCAAGUUUUCCGUCUAUGAUAGUCAGCCUCCACAUGACUUGUCAAUCCAAUCGAAUUCUAGGUCACAUCGAAGAAUCCGUCCAAAGCAGGUAUCUCCUAAGGUACCUGCUGCGGGUAAUUACAACGUGGCUACUAUAUCUUAUGAGCUCAAUGUCCUCCGCACCAGAGGUCCAAGGAGAAUGCAGUGCACAAUGCAUUCAAUCCCCAUAUCUGCGAUACAAGAAGGGGGCACUGCCCCUACUCCAAUGGAAUUCAAAAAUCACCAUGAUGAGCAAUGCUCAUUGUUUUCAAUUUCAAAAGGAAAGAAGCCACUUGUUGAGUUCAGCUCCACCAGCCUUGCCGAGACACUGGAAUCAACACCCAACACAAGGGAUUCUCUGGUUUUGAAAAACAAAGCUCCUAGAUGGCACGAGCAGCUGCAAUGUUGGUGCCUAAAUUUCAAAGGACGUGUUACAGUUGCCUCUGUUAAGAAUUUUCAGCUGGUUGCAGCUGCAGAGAAUCAUCAAAAUGUUCCGUUGGCAGAACAAGAAAAAGUAAUACUACAAUUUGGUAAAAUUGGGAAAGACAUUUUCACCAUGGAUUACCGCUAUCCUCUUUCCGCUUUCCAAGCAUUUGCACUCUGCUUGAGCAGCUUCGACACUAAACCAGCUUGUGAAUGAGUUACCGCCUUUCACAAUGAGUCAUUAUCAAGCUAGUCUUCCCUGAAAGUUAAUUGUAAAUAUUGUUUUUAAUGGAAGAGUUGUAGGGGCUUUACCCUUCAUCUUGCAGGUAUUACUUCUAUGUAUUGGCAAUGACUGCAAAAAUAUUUUACAGAAAGGCAGUUGUAUGACUAUCCCCAAAUAUGUAACGUCAACACUUCUAGAGAAUGUUAUUUUUUGAAAUUGAUAGUACCUGGUCAUAAAAAAGUUUCUUGUGCAUUGAUAGUA